AUGUCGAAUCUCAAACCAAUCCUCCUCUUCUCUCUCCCCCCACUCUCUCUCAUCUCCCUCCUCCUCCUCUUCUUCCACCACCACCACCACUUAUCUUACUCCUCACCUUUCUCAAACCUCUUCCCACCUCCACCCAAAAUAGCCUACUUCAUCUCCGGUACCGACGGCGACGUAUCUCGGAUUUUCCGACUUGUUCAUGCUAUUUACCACCCUAGAAACUACUACUUAUUACACCUUGACCACCGUGCUUCAAUGAAACAGAGACAAGAGCUUGCAGCUAUGGUAAGUUCUGUUGAAGUAUUUCUUGUGGCUGGGAAUGUGAAGGUUGUUGAAAAGGCAAAUUCGGUGCACGAAGAGGGCUCUUCAUCUUUGGGUUUAGUGCUUCAUGGGGCUGCCAUUUUGUUGAGGUGGAAGAAAGAGUGGGAUUGGUUUCUUAAUCUUGAUGCCUCUGAUUAUCCUCUUAUUCCUCAGGAUGGCAUUUCAAGUUCUUUUUUCUUCAACAAUGGUGGAUAUUGA